ACAGCUCUUAACGUUUCCAGGAGUCACACAGAACAAAAAAAUGUGUAAAAAAAGGAAGAGUGCUACUGUUCGCUUAGCUGAAGCUGUUCUUCUGACGUGUUGUUUAGUCCAAACGACAGACUGUUAUCGACUGAAGAAAACAGAAACACGGCACGAAGCCGAAGCAGCCACGACGACAGGUGUUCCGGAGGGGAUAAUUGUGUUUGGGAAAGCGUUUCAGAUAGGGUCAGGCCUUGAGUCAUACAUCGUCGAUGGGACCAGGAGGGCUUCUUCGAAUGGCUCUGUGGAGGAUGAAACUUCUUAUCAAGCAGACUUUAUUGGCUGGGAAAAAGGGCAUAUACACGAUAUCGGUUCCAAAGAAGCAGAAUGGAAGCGCUUGUCACCUACCCUGCAGUGUCUGAAGGAUCAGAUGAAGUUCAGAGCUGUUGGCCCAGCAGCUUCACAGCUUUUGUUGGACCGAGGAUAUGCACCACCAAUACCACUGUCCCACAUCCCUCCCAGCUGUGGCUACAAUGUGCAGAAGAACUCCAUGGCACUUGUUAUGUUGAUCCCUUUUAAUGGCUGCAAUGUGUAUCAGAAGGGUGGAAGUUAUGUGGUGCCAAUGAGCUGGAAAGGCUAUCCAGUGUCACUCUUGUGUCCCAAACCUGCUUAUACAACUCCUGCCCCACAAUACAUUGUACCUGGACACCCUCCAAGCCAUCCCAACCUCAAACUCCCCCCACUGUAUUUCUUUCCAUAUCCAAAGUACCCAGUAGUUCUGCCAGAUCAUGUACACAAGCCAGAAUUGCCUAAAUACCCACUAUACCACCAUUGGACUCCCUAUUAUCAGUACUUGCCUCACCCUCCAAAAACAGCUUUGCCCACUGCCAGUGUGCAUAACUUUGCUCAUUCCCAUUUGUUUCCUUUUCCUCUCUAUCAAAACGUCCCUCUACAUUAUCCCCAGCAUUACCAUGGGUCUCAGCAAUCAGCUGGUCACCUUACUGUCCCAGCCAAACCCCAGGUGCUCGACAUUCCUAUGUUGCCUCAUUUUCCUCACUUUUACCAGCCACAGUAUCCAAAACAUCCUGUGCUGGAUGUGACUACUACAACUGAGGCACCAGUGGAACCCACGGUGACUCCUCCACACCUGUACUAUCCUCCACAUGGCCAUCCACACUAUCCUCCACAUGGCCAUCCACAUGGCCAUCCGCACUAUCCUCCACAUGACCAUCCACACUAUCCUCCACAUGACCAUCCACACUAUCCUCCACAUGGCCAUCCACACGGCCAUCCGCACUAUCCUCCACAUGGCCAGAAACCCCAUUCACAUGGCGACCACAUUCAAUUGACGCAAUUCCCCCUUCCUUAACGCUAGUCUGCUGAAACUGUUGUAAUAAAUGGUUUAAAUAAGUGA